CAUCAUUGCACGGAGCAGGAUGAAGUGAGGCUGCCAGAAGCGAAGGGUGAUGAUUCAUGGAAAAUAUACUUCGAUGAUACUGGUCAAGAAAUUUGCGACGAAUUUGCUAUGCGUUAUGGUGUACCGGCCGUAUUAUCAACACUGCUGGCCAACAUCAACGCCUACUACGCUCACACCACUGCUACAUCCGCAGUUUCGGCGUCCGAUCGCUUCAGCGCUUCCAAUUUUGGCAAAGAUCGGUUUGUCAAAUUGCUGGACCAACUGCAUAAUUCACUUCGUAUCGACCUUUCCAUGUACAGGGUUCGUUUUUUAAUCACCGUUGUUCGUUGUAAAUUUGUCAGAAAUUCAAAACUGAUAAAUCUCGAAAAAUGA